AUGGUUUCUUCUCCUCCUCCUUCGGGCAUCUACGUCCCUGUCCCCACUUUCUUCGCAUCUCAGUCCGCCUCCAACUACGACCCUGUCAAUAACCCUCUGGAUCUCGAGACUCAGACCAAGCACUCCAUCUUCCUUGUCAAGGGUGGAGUCCGCGGUCUCGUCAUCCUCGGAUCAACCGGCGAGGCCAUUCACCUUACCAACAAGGAGCGUAAUGAGCUCAUCACCAGCCAGCGUAAAGAGCUUGACAACGCCGGUUUCAAGGAUAGACCCAUCAUUGCUGGUACUGCCACACAAAACAUCGAGGAGACUCUGAUCCAGCUCGAGGAUGCAAAGAAGGCCGGUGCAGAGUACGGUAUGGUGCUCACACCAGGCUACUUUGCUUCGGCCGCUAGUCAGCAAGGAAUUGCCAAGUGGUUCGAGGCUGUCGCAGAUAAGAGCCCUAUCCCAAUCAUGAUCUACCACUAUCCUGGCGUAACAAACAACGUCGUUGUGGCACCUUCGACAUUUGAGCGCCUUGCUCAGCACCCCAAUAUUGUUGGCUGCAAGCUCUCGCACGGAGACAUCCCAGAUCACACUCUGAUCGCCUCAUCACCAAAGAUCGACCCCUCGCAUUUCAAAGUCUUCUCAGGUCUUGGACAGAACCUCCUUCCUGUCCUGACAAUUGGCGGUCAGGGUGCCAUCGACGGACUGGCAGGCAUCUUUCCUCGCGUCGUCGUCAAGCUCUUCAACUUGUUCCAAGAAGGAGCGGACAACAAGCAGCUGCGUGAGCUUCAAUUCAAGAUCUGCGAAGGUGAGAGAUUGAUCGGUAGAUGGGGUACUGUCGGAAUCAAGGAGGCCAUUUCAAGGUGCUGGGGCUUUGGUGACAAGGAGGGAGCUCGAUUGCCGCUCCAAGGCGGGUUCCAGGGUGGUGAGCAAGAAUGGAGCAACUGGAGCGGUGUCUACGAGGGACUGAAGAAGUUGGAGCAAGAGAUUGAGAAGAGUGGUUAG